UGAAAAGCAGUUGACCAAUACAACACAAAACGCUUCUCUCUUCCGCCUCUCGACUGCUCGAAAAUGGGAAAACGAGACAAAAAACCUAAUCGACGUCGCCACAAAGGAGAAUUCUCGAAUGACGGCGAAGAUUUCUACGAUCAACACCCCUCCUGCUGCUCCUCCCUCGUCGACGAAGAAGAAAACUCCGAGGAAGAAGAAGAAGAAGAAAGCGACGAGCUUCAGCCAUCCUCUGAUUUGCCCUCAAAGUUCCUUUUAUACCAACAAUCAGUACAGUCACCAAAAGGAGACAUAAGCUACUUGCAGAAGUUCUUUCUGAUGUAUGUGGGAGGAAGGCAGCCUCUCCAUUUCCAAGAAGAUUUCUGUGGGACCGCUCUCUUAAGUGCGGAGUGGCUGAAGGCUGACACGAGGAGGACUGCUGUAGGGCUAGAUUUCGACCUCGAGGCGCUGGAAUGGUGCAUGGACAACAACAUCAGCAAGCUCGGCGCUGACGUGUACUCGAGAAUGUCUCUUCUCCAUGGGAAUGUUUUGACCCCUCUUGAUGCUAAGCAAGUGACGUCCAGAUCCCACGAGCUGAUUCAAAAUAUCAGUUUGGAUGAUGAGGGUGAAGAUUUAGUUCAUGAUGGGUCUGAUUCAUUACCGAAGAGGGAUAUCGUGUGUGCUUUCAAUUUCAGUUGCUGUUGCCUCCACAAACGCUCGGAGUUGGUUACUUACUUCAAGAAUGCGCGUGAGGCCUUGUCCAAGAAAGGUGGUAUAUUCGUUAUGGACUUGUAUGGAGGUGCUUCUGCAGAGGGACAGUUGAAGCUUCAACGGAAGUUCCCAACUUUCACGUAUACAUGGGAGCAGGCUGAGUUUGAUAUUGUUAGUCGCAAGACAAGGAUCAGUCUUCACUAUCACCUUCAGAAGCAGAACAGAAAGAUUCGCCAUGCUUUUUCUUAUAGCUGGAGACUGUGGUCAUUACCGGAGAUAAAAGACUGUAUGGAAGAAGCCGGGUUUAGAUCAGUCCAUUUCUGGCUCAGGGAAAUGCCAGACGCUUCUGAAAUGCGUAGAACAGAUGGGUUUGGUGCUGGACGAGAUAUCAAGUACGAAGAAGUCAAGAACUUUCAGCAGUGUGAUGCUUGGAAUGCUUACAUUGUUGCCGUCAGCGUUUAGUUUUGUGUACCAACACUCUUGUAGCUGUGUCUUUAUGCUGAGAAUCAUAACUAGAGAAUCGGUUAUGCUAUCUUUUGGUCAAAAGCUAUGAAACCUGACACUUCUUUGCCACUUUAAUGAGAUCCUCUUACCGACUUCACA